AAGGAGAAACAUGUGGCUCCAGACCCUCAGCAUUAAUUUCUUGGUAGCCUAUAAUCGCUUGGAUUUUUAUUUUAUUUUAUUUUGUUUAUUUAUUUUGGCACAUUUGUGCUUCCAUACAGUUCCAGCGCCACGUGUUCUCUCUUUGGCGGCGUUACUUAGCAACGCUCCUCCGCUCCGCGCGCUUGCGUGCUCUCAUUCAGACGGAUAAGUUGUGCUCCCGUCCUCCAGCGACGAUGAUUUGCCUGUUUCUGUCCAUCGUAUCCUACAUUUUUCAGUCAGCUCGUUAGUCUGGAGAAGCUGCCACUAGUGGAACACCGCAAUGAGGCCGAAAAAGAGGUCACUGCUCGACCUGCAGGAGGUGGAGGGUUUGGAGCAGAAACACGCAAAGAUCGAGGAAUCCGCUUGGACCGGGGUGAAUGAGCGCACCUUCGUCGCCGUGAAGCCGGACGGCGUGCAGCGGAAGCUGGUGGGGGAGAUCGUGCGUCGCUUUGAGAAGAAAGGGUUUAAGCUGGUGGGCCUCAAACUUGUGCAGGCAUCAGAGGAUAUUCUUAGGGAACACUACUGGGAUCUGAGGACUAAGCCCUUCUACAACAGACUUAUAAGCUACAUGAGCUCAGGACCAGUUGUUGUAAUGGUCUGGCAGGGCCUGGAGGUGGUCAAGACUGCACGCAAGAUGUUGGGGGAGACCAACCCAGCCGAGUCUCUGCCAGGAACCAUACGAGGAGAUUAUUGUGUGGAAGUGGGCAAGAACGUGAUCCAUGGCAGCGACUCCGUGGAGAGCGCUCAGAGGGAAAUCUCUCUGUGGUUUGGUCCGAACGAGCUUCACCGCUGGAGGAGCAGCAGCAGCCAGUGGAUCUACUGACAAACGCUGUGUAGAAACUAUUCUCUGGUUUGAAAUUAGGGUAUUAUUGUUAAAAAAUGAUAGUCGUACAUCAGACAAAUCUGGCUUUGGUGCUUUGUAGCUAGACAAUAGUAGAAGGCUUAAUUCUGCACUUCUGAAUUUGUUACAAGUAGCUGCACUACAGUAUUUGAUAGAUUAAUCAAACUGAGUAGAAUAUUAAAAAAAAUACAAUUUCAAGUAAACAUAUCCACAAUUUUUUUUAUAACAACUUUUCUAUACAUUUUUGGAGUAAACGUUUAUAAUCUUUGUAAACAAAGUUUCUCCUUUUUAAGUAUAAAUCACUACGUUUAUUAAAAGUUGUUUUAAAUAAUCAAAACUGUUUUUAGAAUAGAAAAUUGUCAAAUAAGUUGAAAUUCAGUGGUUCGGCAGUGAUAACCAGUCUUAUUGACUGAAUAAGAACUUUUAGAAACCUUUAAAAUUUCGUUUUAAGCUUAUCCUACAUUAUAAAUGCAUUUCUACUUUCACAAUUGUUGUAUUAUCGCAUUUUUGUUACUUUGAAAUACUUGAAUGUAAAGUUUCCAGCUUUUCUAAGGCUUUAAAGCUUAUUACGGUUUGUAAUUUAGUGCAGAAAUCAAGUUUACUUUUACCAAAAAUGCAGCUUUUGAAUAGAAUUUGUGAGAAUAUCCUUUCAAAAACUCAAUAAAACAAAGCUUUUUU